ACAGGAGAGAAACCUGUUGAAACUUGUUGUUCAAGUAAAUUAAAUGUUUUACUUUCUGUUUUAGAUCCUAUAUAAACACAGGCGCUUGUCUCAGUUCCAGAAUCUUUUUUCACCAGAUGCAUUGACUGAGUUUUUCAGCAAAGGGAGGAGUCAGACCACGACUACGAUGAAUCAACAGGCUGAAGAUUGGUGUAUAAAUUAAAAGAUCUCAAAACCUUCUCUCAUCAGGUGGCAGUUUUAGGUUGGUGUACAAAAGAGCAGCGCCAACACCAUCUCCAAACCUUCUUUCAUCAUGGGAUCGGUUUUUACUAAACAGGGAAGUCAGACCAUGCCUACAAUUAAUCAACAACAGACUAAAGGAUUGAACAACACUCUCUCCAAACUUGGACUGAAAGAAUUUUAUCCCAACAAGCUCACUCUACGAUCUCUAUUGGAGAUCAACAAAGACACUUUGCAUGAAGAUCCUGCUUCAUCAGUAAAGGACAUUCCAUGGCAUUUCCUCAAAAAAUUGUUGAAGAUUAAAGCUGAGUGUAGAAGCUGUAUUUUGUUACCAGCUAAUGAAGAGGAUGAACAUGAAGAUAACUCCUUUGACAUAGACCUCUAUACUGCCAGUGAUCAUAGGAUAAAUGCUCUCGACCUGAUAGUAGCACUUUUCCUUUGUGCCGACAGCUUCUUGCAGCAAGAAAUGGCUCUCAAGAUGUCAAUGUGUCAGUUUUCUGUCCCACUGUUGUUGCCUCAUGUUAAUAACAGUCAGUGCGGCCUGAUGCUUUGGGCUCUCAGAGGCAUUGUUAAAGAGUGGCGUCCUCAUAGUUUGUCUGGAUCAAAAGGUUUCAUUGAGAACGAGAUUGUUGAAGCAAAUAUUCCAUUGUUUUCUUUUGUUCGUCUGAAGAACAGCAGUUUGUCUAAGUCUCAGAUCCUGAAUCACAUUCUCAGUCAGGGUCAACAGAAUCUAAAUAUCUUCAUGCACAGAGAUAUGGAGGGAGGAASAAUUAAAAGASAGAUAUCUGAUGGACUGGUGGAGAUCUGCUGGUACCUUCCCAGCGGGAAAGAAAAUCUGGACAUUUUUCCAGAGCCAGUCGCAUUUGCUAAUCUGAGAGGAGACAUUAGUGAGUCACAUGCACAGUUCAGUUUUCUACUUCAAGUUUCAACAGCCAUCUUUGUGUUUUUGGACAAAGUUGAAGAAAAAGAGCAGGAAACUUUAAAUUCAACUGGAGAUGUAAAAAAUAGAUUGUUUUUAGUUGUGAAUGGCAAGGAGAGCAACAGGGAGGAGAUCAUGUCUGUCAAGACAAUGUUGGAAAAAAAUUGCCCAAUGUGCAACAUUAUAGUGAAAAGCAACCAGGAAAAUGCAGUAGAAUUUUCAAGAAAACUUUGUGGAAGUAUAAAGAAAUUAUUGCAGCAUGCAAAAACAGAGAAUGGUCCAAACAUCCGUGAAAAAGCUGUUGAACUCGGACUGUCAGUGGAUGAAUACAGAAGUGAAAAUCAAGAGAGAGCAGCUGAAGAAAUUAUGAGAGGAAUCAAGUUAGAGGGUAUACCUGAUUACAAGAAGGAUAACCUGCCUUUUCAGGGAGAAACCUGGAAAAGUUUAUCAAGACUACAAAUGAACCUAUGUAGACUAAAUACAUCCAAUGACAAAGGAACAGAAGAUUAUAAAUCUGAAAUGCAGGAAGAAGAAAAACAAAUAAAAAGGCAACAAGCAGAAUGCAAACUUUCAGAAGGACUUCAGAGUUUCAUCAAUAACAUUUCCACAAGCAACAAAGAAGAACGAGAUUUUUUCCUGAAGUGGUUGAAACUCAAACUUGACUCUCACUCAAGAGAAAAACUGUCUGAACUGAGAAAUAAAUUCAAAGAACAGUGCAUAAAGAAAAACCCAGAACUCAUUAAAGAGCUGGAUCAGGCUCUGUUAGACAGUUCUUUAGGACUUGAGCAUUUCAUGAGAGAGAUGGGUCUGGUAUACGAGUUUUCACAAAAACCCACAGAGGAAAUCUCUCGUCUCCCUCAACUGGCUGCUGAGAUGGUGAUGGAUGGACAUCCUUUAGAGCUUCUGGAUGGAGAUGCUUCCAACGUCCCAGAAAAAUGGGUGUCAGCUGUACUUACUGAGGUCCAUAAGAAAGUUGGAAACAGGAGUAGAUUGCUGGUUCUGACGGUUCUGGGUGUUCAAAGUUCUGGGAAGUCAACGCUCCUCAACACCAUGUUUGGUGUCCAGUUUCCAGUCAGCAGUGGCAGAUGUACAAGAGGAGUUUACAUGAUCUUCCUCAGAGUUAAUGAAGAUUACAAAAGGGAACUGGAUUAUGAUUUCAUAGUUCUCAUUGAUACAGAAGGUCUCAAGUCUCCUGAUUUGGCUCAACUUGAGGACAGUUAUGAACAUGACAAUCAGCUGGCAACCUUCGUCAUUGGUUUAAGUGACAUCACCAUCAUCAAUUUAGCAAUGGAAAAUUCAACAGAGAUGAAAGAUAUUCUGCAAAUUACAGUUCAUGCAUUCUUGAGAAUGACUCAUGUUGGAAAGAAGCCUUUGUGUCACUUUGUUCACCAAAAUGUUGGUGGAGUUUCAGCUGAUUCUAAGUGCCUGACUGAGAGAAAACGUCUUUUGGAUCAGCUCAAUGAAAUGACUCAGCUUGCAUCUCAAAUGGAAAAACUUCCAACUACUAAACUAUUCACUGAUGUCCUGGAUUAUGACAUGGAAAAAAACAACUGGUACAUUCCAGGUCUCUGGCAUGGCACUCCACCAAUGGCUCCAGUAAACACUGGUUACAGCGAAGCUGUUGCUGAAUUCAAGAAAUAUCUUUUGGAGACAAUAAAGAGCAAUAAAACCAGUGAACCCAAUCAGGUCCCAGAGUUUCUAGAAUGGAUCAAAAGUCUCUGGAGGACAGUUAAAUAUGAAAACUUUAUCUUCAACUUCAGAAACACCCUGGUGGCUCUGGCUUAUGACAACCUGUGUAAAGCCUUCAAUCAAUGGGAAUGGGAGUUCAGAAAAGAGAUUCACUCAUGGCAGCAACAGACAGAAAUAGAAAUAUUAAAUUAUGAAAAUGACUCAGAAGUGGAAGUUUUAAAUAAAAAGAUUGAAAAGAAAAAAACAGAAGUAUCAGUCAAAAUAACCAAUGAAGAAAAUAAAAUGAAAGAAAAACUCAAUGAGUACUACAAGAGGAAGGACAGACGAGUAAACCUGAUAGAGAGGUACAAGGUUGACUUUCAGAACAGGAUCAAUAGCCUUGCCAAUGAAAUUAAAGCUUCAGUGAAAACUAAACUGGAUUGUACUCUUGAACUGACAGUAAAAAAGAAGAAAGCUCAAGAAAUGCAGAGUAAAUACAGAGUUAUGAUUGAAGAGAACGUCAUGAGGCUCCUGGGUGAUUUCAAAGCAUCCAACCUGUCUGAAGAUGAGUUGACAUUAGAGUUUGAGAAGAUGUGGUCUGAAUCUACAGCAAAUCUGUCUGGCCUAAAAGAACGAGACAUUGCUGGAUGUGUCCUUAAGCAGCUGAGAAAAAAUGUCUUUAAUCGAAAUGUAAACCAGGAAUUAAGUAAUGUUGAUUUGAAUGAAGAAGGAAAAAAACCACUCAAAAUUAAAUCUGAAUAUAUUGAUGGCUGGAUGGUUAAAUUACCUGUUGUGAAGCAGACAAAGACCAGAGAACUGCAAAGCUUCACUGAAUCUAUCCUGGAAUCCUGUAAACUGUUUUUAGAGGGUAAAGGAGAAACAAAUGAAGAUUAUCACGACUCUUUCACAAGAGAGCUGCUAGAAAACGUUGACAGGCUUCUUGAACAAAACAGAGCAAAUACAAAGUAUGAGAUCGAUUUGAAGCUUCACGUUUGUGGCAUCGCUUCAAGAGAAUUCCUGAAAAUGCACCAAAAGUUUCUGUCAAACCUGAAUCCUAAAACACAGCUGGAGAAGUUCAAGCCUCAGUAUCUGUCUGAUUUCAUUGACUUGUACAAAGAGAGAGAUGACUGUCAACGUAAAGCCAAUGAUUACAUUCAGCUUUGUAUCAAACCAGCAGUGGAAGAUUUCAUCAACAGAUCUCUGGGAGUGGACAUUGUGGAUGAGAUCUUAACGAGCCAACAUUCUGCAGAGUACAGCUCUCGCUCAUUUUUCCAGUACAGCAUUCAGAAAGAGCUGCUGGAGAAGGAUGACUUUGAAUGUUUUGUAAAGUACAUUGAUAAAUAUGAAAUAUAUGUGAAGAACUGGAUAUUUCAGCACAUAAAGCAACAAAUGUCACAGAAUAAAACGCUGUAUAAACUGAAGAACAGGAACCUCAAAAUCAUAACUGAAAAGAUUUCAAAGGCUAUAGAAGCAGCAUCUAAAGGACCAGGUGACGUUCCUCUGCCAGAUGACACUGAAAGCACUAAAGAGCUCAUCAAAAACAUCAGAGGAUCUUUGGUUAAAGAAAUCUCAAUUCCAGUUGAAGCUGAACAAACCAUCCUGUUUCAAAUCCAAAGCACAUGUCAUCCAUUUAUCGACAGUAUCAAGAUGGAAUUGGAGAACCUGACAACCCAGCUGGAGAAUGAAUAUUUAACAUCUGAAGACAUCGAUGAAACUGUGAAAAAACUGACAGUUAAACCUCAGGAUGAACUUUUUAAGCGAGUUUUUGGAUGUGGGCAUCAGUGUCCAUUCUGUAAAACUCCAUGUGAAGCUGGAGGCAAAGAACACCAGCUGCACAGUGCAGCUAUACAUCGACCACAAGGUCUGGGUAGAUAUCAUUAUCUUCAAACCAAAAAACUUGCUCCAGAACUCUGUACAACUCAUGUCCAAAGUAAUGCCAAAUUCAAAAAUUCACUCACUGAAUGGAAGCCUCAUCCUUACAAAGAUUACACAACAUAUUAUCCAGACUGGCAGAUUCCACCAGACCCCAGCAUUGAGGCUUCAGACUACUGGAAGUUCAUCCUGGUGAAAUAUAAUGAUCAAUUUGCUGAAGAAUAUUCUGCAGAACCAGCAGAUGUUCCACAGGCCUGGUUGAACAUCACAAAGGAAGACGCUCUGAAAGGAUUAAAAGAUGCUUUCAACAUAAAGUAAAUUCCUCUAGUGUCGUUAACACACUAAACAGGAAAAUCACAAUACGGCGUAUAUCAAUGCACACUUGUCUGAAAAUCCUAAGGACUGUGGAGAGAGUUUGGAUCAAAUUUAUCAGAACAUUGAACAAUUUACAGAAGAGAAUUAGGGCCACUGAAAAAAAUAAUUAUGACUUUUUUCUCAGACUUCUUUUUUCCCCCAGUGGCCCUACUUCUCUUCUGUAAAAAUUACCUGGAAAAGACAGAAAUGAAAGAAAUGGUUUCACUUAGAAUGACUGAUCAUUUUAAUCAAGCAAUUAUGAAACAAACUACAAAGUUUUUAGUAGUUUCUAUUAUUACAGCUACAAUUUUCUCUGUAUUUUUCCUUUAAGCAAAAAAUUAUUUAAGUCCAGCUCAUUCUCUCCUUUUAUUUGUUUAAGUUGUGUUGUAAAAAUAUACCCCUAAAAUUUCAUUGUAGUCAUUUUAAUUUUUGUUGUUCAUCUUAAAGUAUUUUAAAAUUAUGUUUGUUUUAAAAGUGCUUUUGUAUCCUGUAACAAGAGAACAAAUAUAAGGUGUGCAGGCCAUGUCCGUCCAUCCAGUUUAUGCAGGAAGAACAUACAAACUCCAUGCAGAUUUGAACCCAGGACCUUCUUGCUGCAAGGCAACAGUGCUACCAACUGCACCACUGUGCAGCCACGCACAGGCUGUUUUUCAUGAAUUUUAACCCCCUUAUUUCCAAGUAUGUUUCUAAUUUUCAUGCUGUAAUAAUUGAAUUGCAAUGUGUGAAUGACGCCUGUAGAACUACAAAAUCUGAAUCGUCUUUAUCCACCAAGCUUGUGCACAAUGUAUUUAAGUUCAGGUCCACUUUGCUGUUUUCUUUGUUUGAAAAAAACUCAAGCGUAAAAAUAAGUUGUCUACAUGUAUUAAUUUCAAAUGUUAUGCAAAGUUGUACUAUUAUAUUUUUCUUUUUUGUUGUAGAUUCUAGACUGAUUACUAAUUGCAUUGAUCAUGAAACAUUUUCUUUCUAAUGGAAACAUAUUUUUAAAGAUGGCAAAGGUAAUUGUUUUAUAUUUUAUUUCAUAUUUUUUCUCUUUGGUCUUUAGCACAGUGUGAUUUGAUAGGCUGAUUUUAAUACU